CUGCGUCAUACUUACCAGAAUCAUUGUUGUUGUUUUUUUUUUUGAGUUGCUGUUGAUAUGACAAGUGGAUAUCACGAGGUCCAUUCACGCUGAGGCUGAGUGCAAAAAUUGAUUGAGUGCAACUAGGGAUGACUAGCUGCUCCGACCGUUCCAUCCCUCCUACCGUCUCUUGCAUAAUUCACUAUCAUUUGAGGCCAUUGUAGUGUGCAAUCCAACGAUAGUGAAUGGCCAAGUAGCCUGAUGUCAUGGACGUUGAGAAUGUGAAAAUCAUUGAUGGACUGAUUUUUGGAUAUCUUAGCCGGCAACAGUACCACGAAACUCUACGCUCUCUUUGCAAUGAGGCGCCCUCCCUUCGUGAUGCUAGGAAUCGCUUCCAGACUGAUGCGGGUGUCUUUAUACAAGUUAAUGAUCAGCUGCAUGACAAAACACUUGAGCAGAUAAUUCAGGCUUUUGCAGUUGUCGGUCGUUUCGAUGUCACUCCUGAGCUCAUUGACUUUGGUGUACGUCUGCGCAGUUUGACUAAUGAGUUUUCUACGUUGACAUCGAUGAGAGGACGGAGUUUGAGUGAUAAUCAGCUGAAACUUUACGGGAAAAGAGCGUACAGCAAGACGCACCAAAGCCGUCAGACUCCUUCCAACACCUCUCUCCGUUGCGAAACAGCCUCAACGGCAGCUCAUCGUCCUACUGUUUACUGUGUUACACCAUCAAAUGAUGCCGAGUAUGUACGACAGUUACACGAGAAUGCUGUCAGUGCCAGUAUGGAGCAUAGCGCACAGCAACAACCACCUAGUCAGCAGGAUCUUAGCUAUAACUACCAGUCACAGCAGCAUGUUACCUCAUCGUUUACGGUGCCCUCAUCAUCCCUAUUUGUCCCUCAACCUGCUGUGCAGAGCUCCACUGUGACCACUGUCCAGACCCAGUCAACCCAAAACACCCCUUCUUAUCAAACCAGCCAAAUUUUGCCAUCAGUGCAGCCUUCCGCAAUUAGCGAAGAAUCCUCGAUCAUGGAUUAUGGAGUGAAUGUGAAAAAUCAAGAAAAUAUGGAACUUACGCCUCAGAUAAAUGCCAUAGGCACCCCAGUCGCCGUUGUAGACCCAGGACAAGGAAGCUCUCAAGCACACAUGAGCUCUUCAUUCACCUCAGAAAGUGGCGCUCACAAGCGAAAAACGGCUGUGCCACAUCGCCGUGAAGAGCUGGUAGCACAUACUGCGCAGUCUCUCAUCGUACCAAAUGGCGUGCUGCUGGAUUUGGAGGCAGACGGAGCUGCUAGUACCACAUCGGUGGGCUUGCAUAAUCAAGUCUCGCUGCUAUCUAACAUAGACGACUCCGCCAUGCAGUGCUUAGAUCGAUUGAUCAAUGGGAAUCUCGAUGAGGUAUUUCCUUUUUGUGAUGACCAUGAUCUGUCCGAAUUUGCUGCGACUAUGGAGAAUCCUUUCCCUCCCAACAAAACUAACGAAAAUGAGCCCGAACAGGGUGCCGAUAACGUUGUUGAAGAUGCGGCGCCACCUCCAUUAGAUGUAGGACCGUCACAUAGUCCUCCCCCACAAGACUCAAACUCGAAAAAUCGAUCAUUCGAUGAUGGCGAAAUUAUCAGCGAUGAGAGCAAUCAGGCUAAAGCAUCAAAAACGAACUCUCUGGAAAACUUUGCUGCAAAGAUGGAAGAACGCGAAGUUGCAACUCCACCACCUGCAUCUAACGAUACAGGGCAUUCGUCCAUCGACUCGGGCAAAGGUCGGCGUGACGAGAAUAGAAAAAUAGCGGAUCGCUUGAGGGAAUUCGGGCGUAAUCCACCUAAAUCAGAUCUCAGAAAAACUAGCAUGGAUAGAACAGAUUCCCGUGAAACUAGCAGCCAAGAGGCAAGAAAUGUUUCUCGAUCUUCUCCUUCCGGUGCGGUUGUAGGACGCCCAUCGAGAGAUCGUGAUAGACGCUUAUCAGCGUUGUUCGACGAAGGCAGCGCGCCAUCGUCACGAGACUCGUCCCCGCAUCGCGAACGGCUGAGCAAGAAAGAGGAAGAACGAAGGAGACGAGAGAAAGAGAUGGAGAAAGAGCGACAGCGAGAUAAAGAGAGACUGAGGAGACAAAAGAGAGAACGCGAAGCACAAAGAGAUCGCGAGCGGUCGCACCGCAAUAGCCCUGAUCGCAAAACGACUGACAAACGACCCCAUCGCGAUGAAGAAGAGAAAGUGCGAGAUACCAGGUCAAAAGAAAGGAAGCGUGAGCAAGUUGAAGAACAGAAGGUUGUGGAUGAAGCUGAAAAGAGGAAAGCAGAGGAGAGAGCGCGUAGAGAAAUGAUCAAAAAGAAGAAAGAAGAGGAACUGGAAGCGAAAAGACAAGCUGAGUUGCAAAGAAGAGCGGAAGCCAUGCGUAGGAAAGAAGAAGAAAGUCGUAGAAGACGUGAAGAAAAGGAACGUCAGGAGGAGAAACGUCGGGAAGAACAGAGACAAAGGGAGGAAGAGCGAGUCCGUCGUGAAGAGGAAAGGAAGAGAAAAGAGGAGGAACAGCGCAGAGAAGAGGAAGAAGCAAGGAAAUUGGCUGAGUUAGAAGAACAUAAGGAAGACGUAGAUGAAGAAACGGCGGAAGAAGCGGAUAAAAGUGACGAGGAAGCGGAUCAAGCUGAUUCUGGAGACUCUGACGACGCAGCUGCAUCGGAGGACAAUCAAACAGCCAAAAAUUACAGUGAAGACGAGGAAAACCAACCCAGAAAAGAAGUUUCCGUGCAGGAACAAUGGGUACAUCCGAAGAAACUUGAGCAGAAGAAAACGUCGGAGUCGUCCACUAGCAGGAGCAUAGAGGAGCCACAACAGGAAAAUGUGGAAGAUCUCAAUCCAAGUGGGGAAAGUGAGGAGAAAAAGAAGAAGUAUAGAGACGACCACCGAUCCAAUCGCAGUUCGUCAGAUGUUCGAAAGAAUCUCCCCACACCUUCUUCAUCUCGACGUCGAGAAGACUCGAAAAGGCAGCCGGCUAGACCAUUGGAGCCUGGCAUGAUGAUGAGUGAUACCCAUGUGUUGGAUAGGAUCAAUAAGGAAAUGGAAAGCCUGUCUUCAAGAAACCGCACUAGCCAAAAUCGAUCUCCAGAAGACACAGCGACCAGCUCAAGGAGUACACCAUCUACUAAAAUACCGAAGCGUGAUGCUCCCGUGGACUACGCUCAGGUUUUGUUCUCCAAUGCACCAGUGAUAAAGAGGACGCCUCCUACUGUGGAAAAGAAGAGGAAUCUUGUGAUAUCCAGUGGUCUAACGACAGACCAUCCCAAUCAGUUGGUGUUUUCUAAGGCCCAUUCAUCCAGACUGGGGAUGUUUUUGGAGAAGGCCAGCGAUAAACAUAGGAGGCUGAUGAUCGAACAUGACGGAGAAUCUGAAGUGGCCUCUCCAUUGUAUGAGGACCCUGAUCAUGGUGGCGCUCGCUCUCCAUUUACUGUCUCGCAGUAUUCUCGACAAUCAUCGCAAAGGUACGCACCGCAAAAGCGACCUAUGCCGGCCUCGAGCAUGGAUUCUUACCUAGGAUCUCCGGCACAGAGCUCGCCAGACAUCAGAGAUGCUGAUUCUACUUCAUCUCGGUCAUCGAGCAAAAAACCAAAGAUUGAUCUGUCUCGAAUGCCAGAUAUUAUAGACAAGUUGUAUAGUAAUAAGUAAACUUUUGCAUGUAUGCUU